CAUAAUCAGGGAGAUUGUGGCACGAGGGAAUGUUUAAAGCCCGACGAAGGAGGGCUUUUAAUUUCCCGAGUGCCACAAUCGACAAUUAUGCACGUGGUACAUACAACGUUUUAUUCUAUUUUAGUUUCUAAAAUAUUUUUAACGAAAUAUUGAGUAUUUCCGGCAAGAUUGUGUGAAUUGUGCCGAUGCAAACUUUAAUACAUAGCUGGCUAGCUUGAUGUUGCUAUGGAUUCUACGUUGUUUAUUUGUUAAAUAAUUCUGUUUUGAAAAUGGAAAGUCAAAAAGCAGAAAAUGUUUCAAAAGAAAUUGUUGAAGAAUUUGAGGUCGCCCAGAGAAAACUGAUUCCCCAUAAAUCAAAGGAAUUUUACACGAGAGAGUAUGACAAAUUUUGCGAGUGGCGGUGCUCGAAAAAUGUUACUAAUUGCGAUGAAAAAUUCGUGAUGGCAUACUUGUCUCAAAUGUCAAAAGUUUACAAACCUUCAUCACUGUGGUGUACCUACUCUAAGCUCAAAAAAAUGUUAAAAAUUAAAGAAAACGUCGAUAUCUCGAAAUUUCUUCUGGUUACUGAAUAUAUGAAGAGUAACUCCGUGGGUGACGAAGCUAAAAAGUCAUGGGUACUUCAACGAAAGGAAAUUGAAGAGUUUAUGUUAAAGGCACCAGAUCUUACAUAUUUGUUGUUACAGCUUUUGGAAUACAUGGAGCCUGUAGACGCGAAGAACUUCAUGAUUUACGUUAUCAAAAUGUGACAGCUGAAGGAUCGGUC